GGGAGAAAGAGGGGGAAAAAAGAAGAAGAGAAGGAGCUUGGAUAGAGAAGUGGGUUUAGUGCUGUUGGUGCCAUUGAGAGGUUCUGCUGUGCUCUGUGUCUCCAGUUUGGCCACGAAAAGUUUCUCAAGCAUCAUGGGAAUCAGAAAGAAGAACAACAAAACUCCUCCGGUUCUCAGCCACGAGUUCGUGAUCCAGAACCAUGCAGAUAUCGUGUCGUGUGUGGCCAUGCUCUUCCUGCUGGGACUCAUGUUCGAGAUCACGUCAAAGAUUGCCGUUUUUUUCAUAACGGUGCAAUACAACGUCACGAUAACAGCAAAUGAAGGUGCCGAGGAGACGCCAGUGAAUUAUUUCCACCAUGGCCUGAAGGAUGUAGCCACCGUAUUCUUCUAUAUGCUGGUGGCCAUCAUCAUGCAUGCCAUAAUCCAGGAGUACAUCCUCGAUAAAAUCAACAGGAAGAUGCACUUCUCCAAAACCAAACACAGCAAGUUCAAUGAGUCGGGCCAGCUCAUCGCUUUCUAUCUGUUUUCAUGCGCGUGGGGAGCCAGCAUUCUGAUUUCCGAAAACAUCCUGCCGAACCCCAUCAGUCUGUGGGAAGGCUACCCACACACACUGAUGUCGUUCCAGAUGAAGUUUUACUACAUCUGUCAGCUGGGUUACUGGUUCCACGCUCUUCCUGAACUCUACUUCCAGAAGAUCAAGAAAGAGGACAUUCCCCGUCAGCUAGUUUACAUCAGUCUGUAUUUGGUCCACGUCGCAGGCGCUUACAUCCUCAAUCUGAACCGUCUGGGUGUGGUGCUGCUCGUGCUACAUUAUUUCGUCGAGUUGCUCUUCCACGUGUCUCGUAUUGUUUACUUCAGUAACGAAGAGAGACAAACAGGGUUCUCAGUGUGGGCUGUCCUGUUCGUCCUGGCCCGCUUAUUGACCCUGUCUCUCUCCGUCCUCACUGUGGGGUUCGGUUUGGCUGGAUCUGAACGCCAGGGCCUCGACCUGGCUGAGGGAAACUACAACGUGCUGCUUGUCAGAGUGACGGUCCUGGCUGCGAUCUGCAUCACUCAGGCCUUCAUGAUGUGGAAAUUCAUCAACUUCCAGCUGCGGCGGUGGAGAGAACACGCUCAGGCGCCGUCCAUAAAGAAGAAAUCGUCCUCCUCAAAGGGCAAGUCCAGAAAAGCCAACGGCGUGAACGGAUCACUGAGUGCCAAUGGAGCAGAUUCUCCCAGAGCCAAGAAGGACAAAUCAUCCUAAACAGAUCCCGCUGUUCAUUCCUCCUUGCCUCCUCUCUUUGUCUCUUUCUCUCUCCUGCUUGAUCAUUCCCAGCUCUGCAUUUCAGUCCUGCCUUUUUUUUUUCUUUCUCUCUUUCUUUCUUUUUUCUUUUCAGUUGCGUUGCACUGCACACGAUUAGCAUUUCCCAGCUCUCACACACCUGAUUACACUCAUCAGUAAGCAUGUGCCCAUAUGUUCAUAUCAUGAUACAUCGCUGGAUCAUUUCCUCGAUGAGAGGACUUGCCUUCUCUGCAAUGGAGUUCAAAAAAGGACCUUAGAAGACUUUUUUGCUGUUUUACAAACAAAGGAUUUGUAUAUUUUCUCAGUGAUGCUGCCUAUUUUUCACAAUUGUAAUAUGUUGAUGUAUUAUAUAAGCCAUUAACGGCGCAUGCUUCCUGCCGAGCAGGAAAUCAGUGAGCUAAAUGCGCAUAGGGAGAGCUGGGAAAUGUGCUGUGCACAAGCUCAGGAACUGCCCUAUAGGGUUUUGUGCACGGUAGGGAGGUUACUUCGUAACAAAGUACCCCCUUUUUUUUAUUUUUUUUUUUAUUUUUUUAUUAUUAUUAAUUUUAAAAAGCUGGGUGCUGAAUAGUGCAUUGCACAGUGCUGUGUGUACAUCACAAGAAGUUUGCUUCUUUUUCUUUUCACCUCCCUGACUAAAAGGGUCCAAACGCUGCAAGCUUUAAGUGGCAUUCUGUAUUUCCCAGGAUUCAUCAGUGCCAAUGCAAAAGGCCAAUAAACACUUUCAAGUGCCUGACUAUACCAAAAUUGUAUGGAUAUUUAAAAAGGUAAAAUAAAAUAAAGAAAACAAUACAUACGGUGUUAAACGGUGUACGUGGUCUGUCAAGAUUUCAAGGGCAACUGUUUGUGUGUGUGUUAAUUGUUUGUUUGCAUUUGCUUAAUUUGUCAUUAUAUUAGUAAUUUGCCAUCAUCAUGACCCUAGAAGUUUCAUGUGUAAUCUUUUAGAACGUACGUUUAAUUCGAUGCCUUCGAUUAUUAUUUGCACUGCAGUGCUUACAUAGACGAACAGAGGAAUAUGUUAUGGAUUUAGGGGGAAAAUUGCCCUUUUUUUUUUUGUUUGUUUGUUUGUUGUUGUUUUUUUGUUCCAUCCAUGUGAAACAUUGUAGGUUCAUAGACUGUAGUUUCUGCCAUAAUUUUCUUACGAAUUUAUUUUGUUCUAUGAAAAACCAAACACCUUCAAUAAAAUGCUAAUUGUAACUGG